AUGCUCUCGAAUCGAGGGCGCCGUGCCCUCAACGACGGUGAGUGGGCCUGCCCGGACGCGAAAUGUGCCGAAGUCAACGCGGAGCGCGUGCUGUUCUGUCAGGGCUGUGGGCGAUCUAAACCAAAGCCAAAAUCACGCGCCGGCAAAGAGUUGGGCAAGGACCAGGCCGAGAAGUCGAAGGGGUUGUUCGCUGCCGAGGACUGGAUUUGCACAAAAUGCGGAAAUGUGAACUGGGCCCGCCGCAACACCUGCAACGUUUGCAAUGCCAAGAAACUGGGAGACACUGAAAGGAGGACUGGCUAUGGUGGUGGCUACAACGACCGGCAAAACGUCGAGUACAUUCAACGCGAAGACGAGGACGAGUUCGACGAGUUCGGGAGGAGAAAGAAGCGGAAGGGAGGUGGAUCGGCUCCGUCUGGCGACUCGAACCUUGAUUCGGCUCAACGAUCGUCUGUUGUCGAGAAAACAGAUGACGCCGAUGAGGAUUCACGCUCGGAUCGGACUUCUAACAGUGAAGGCAGUGAUGAUGACGAGGAAGAGCUGGGAAAGUACGACCUGGGAGAUGAUAGCAAGAGUGAGGGUGAUGAAGAAGAGGAGGAUGAGGCCGAUGACGACGAACUAGACAAAUACGAUCUGACUGCCGAUCCAGAGAUCGCUUCCGUACAAAUCCCUAUCCCGCCAGUGAAGCCAAUUGAAGAGUGCGAAUCUGACUGCACCUGUUCGUGUUCCGGUGGAGAGUGCUCCUGCAGCGACAGCGAAUGUGAGGCCGAGAAGAAGCCCGAUGAGAAGCCAACGGAAACGACCCAGGACGCUGCUGCUGGUGGACAGGAAAAGGAGCGAGCUCGUGAUCGUGACAGGGAUGCCGAUCGUGAGAAGGACAGGAAGACUAGAAGGUCUCGUUCCCGCGAUCGGAAGCGCAGCCGUUCGAGGGACCGUGUCAGAGACCGUGACCGUGACCGUGAACGCGAUCGGAAAAGAUCUCGCUCAAAGGAGCGUCGCCGUAGCAGCCGCUCCCGUGAUCGCUCGCGCGACCGAGACCGUAACCGGGAUCGCAGCCGUGACCGUCGUCGGGAUCGCCGU